AUGGAUACAUCGAAUCGUCCUCUCACCAAUGAUAAUACGACACUCAAAGUUAUCACAAAUCAACCGUCACAAAAAAAUACUACUGAUUCGAAAAAAAAUCGAUCAUAUUUACCAAAACCUAGUUUAACACAACAAAUAUCCAGAGCAACUAUUCCAUUAUCAUCUGGUCUUAGAAUUUUGAAUACAAAAAUUCAAGCUAAACAAUCUGAAGAUUAUCAUCCAUUGGUUACAAUCAGUGAUAAAGAGGAUACUAAUAGUGAUGAUGAUUAUAUAUCACCUGUACAUAAACUAACGAAAAAUGAACUUCGAGAAGAACUCAAUGGCUUUGUCAAUGGUGAUAAUAAUAUACCGAGUGAUGACGAAGAUCUUGAAUUAAGACAACCACAACAACCGACAUCUUUUCUAUUUAAAUGUUGUACUUUUUGUACUCAUAAAACAGAUUCAUCGAAAUGUAUUAUUUCAUAA